AGGAGGGGACCCAGGCACCCGGGCUCUACCCUGCUGCCCCCCAUAAGCCAGGACGGGGGAGAGGGAACCCAGGCAUCUGGGCCCCCGGGUGCAGGGCGGUGCCGGCUGCGUCCCGCCCCCUAAUCCUCACCCCCCUACCCCCCCGCUGCGCGCCUGCCCCACUUUUGCUGCCCGGUAAUUGGCUGCUGACGUGGGCGCGGGGCCGGGGGGGCCAGGGGCGGCGCGGAGCCCUUUACAUAACGGGCUGCUUGGCGCCGCGGCCCGGGCACGCGACCCCCACCCCCCCCCGACCGGCACGGUCCGAUCCCCUGGACAAUGGGCGCCCGCCGUGGCCUGCACGCCUGUCAGGGACCCUGAGCCGCGUACCCCCCAUGCCCGCCAUGCUGCGGGCGCCGCCGGCCAUGAUCCAGCCACACCUGGACCUCAAGCACUUCCUGUCCUUCCCCGUGGAGGCCCCUGCGCCCGCCGGCGUCUUCCCCGCCUUUGGCACGAUGGACCCGGUGCAGAAGGCCGUGCUGAGCCACACAUUCGGGACCCCCCUGCUCAAGGCCAAGCGCCCCGUCAUCUCCUGCAACGUCUGCCAGAUCCGCUUCAACUCUGAGAGCCAGGCGGAGGCACACUACAAGGGGAACCGUCACGCCCGGCGCGUGAAGGGCAUCGAGGCAGCCAAGACGCGGCAGAAGGAGGCGGUCGAGAAGCCGGCGCCCGUGGGCAGCCCCUCGCCUGGCCUGGCCGAGCCCGACGUCCCGGACAAGACAGCUGAGCUGCCCAACGGGCCAGGGGCGCCGGCGCCUGCCCCCCCCUCGCCCGCCAAGGCGCCAGGCCCGACUGAGCCCCCACAGGGCCCCCGGGGGGCGCUGGCCAGGGCCCGGGUAGAGCCGGGGCAAGGGCUGGGGGCCGGGGCGGGGGGGGCCGGGGCAGAGGAGGAGAAGGCCAAGAAGCUGCUGUACUGCGCCCUGUGCAAGGUGGCCGUCAACUCCCUGUCCCAGCUCGAGGCUCACAACAAAGGUACGAAGCACAAGACAAUCCUGGAGGCACGCAGCGGGCUGGGGCCCAUCAAGGCGUACCCCCGCCUUGGCCCCCCCGGCCCCGGGACCCCCGGCAGCCCCGAGCCCGGCGCCCCCGAGCGAACCUUUCACUGCGAGAUCUGCAACGUCAAGGUCAACUCGGAGGUGCAGCUCAAGCAGCAUAUCUCCAGUCGGCGGCACCGGGACGGCGUGGCCGGGAAGCCCAACCCCCUGUUGAGCCGGCACAAGAAGCUGCGUGGCCCCGAGCUGGCGGCCCCGCUGGCCUUCCCCAAGGAGCUGCCCAAGGCGCUGGCGGCUGGGUUGCUGCCCAAUCCGCUGGCGGCUGCCAUGGCGAUGGCGGCGGCGGCCUCGGCCCCCCUGGCGCUGCGCCCCGCUGCGCCGCUGUUGCAGGGGCCCCCCCUUACGCACCCCCUGCUGCGCCCAGCGCCCGGCCCCAUCCGCACGGCUCAUGGGCCCAUCCUCUUCUCGCCCUACUGAUGGGCGCCCCAGCAACCGGCGCCCGGCAACCAUGCGGUGACCACCCGGCAACCGGCCCCCAGCAGCUGCCCGGCAACCCACCCCGGCGACCGCCUGGCAACUGGUGCCUGGCAACCAGCCCCAGCAACCACCUAGCAACCAGCCCCCAGCAACUGGUGCUCGGCGACCGGCCCCGGCAACCACCCAGCAACCAGACCCCGGCAACCGGUGCCCGGCAACCCAUCCCGGCGACUGCCCAACAACUGGUGCCCGGCGACCAGCACCCGGCAACCACCCAGCACCCGGUCCCCCAGCAGCUGCCCAGCAAUCAGUGAGGGUGCCUGGCAACCGGCCCUAGCAACCAGCCCCCAGUGACGGGUGCCCAGCAACCGUGGCGCAUGCACACAGGGCCCUCCCCCCGGACUGCGUUUGAAACUGGAAGGGGGCGAUUCCUCCAAGCAGCAAAGGGACGAGCUCCCUGGCCCGGCCCAGCCCCCCCCCCCUUGCACAAUGGCUGGGCCCCCCCUGCCCCCUCCAUCUCCCCAUCCCAGGGGCCGGGGGCUCGGCCUGGCCCUGGGGGGGGUCCGGGGUCCCCGCACCUCAGGGAACCGAUGAGCAAGCAAUCACUUGUGUGUCUCGUGGGGACGCGCCCCCCCCACCUGUCGCAGAGCUAAGGGGCCCCCCCGGGCCCCCCCCCACACAAGCCAUGGCCACGUGCACUGAGAGGCCCCGACGUGCCCCUUCCCCCCGCCCCCGGCAGGACGGAUCCCACUGCAAUAAUGCCCGGGCUGGGCUCCUCCAUGUACAUACCCCCCGGCCCCCGCAGCAGCCUGCAGACCUCACUGUGCCCCCCAGAGAGAGCCUGACCCCCCCGGGCCUGUCCAUGCCCCACUAAGCUGGCACCAACCCCCCCAGCUCCUGCCCCCAGUGGGGGGGAGCCCCAGGCCUGUCCCCACCCCUGCCAGCAAAGACGUGGGGAGGGGGGGCAGUUUGGUCUGGCUGGGGUAGCUGGAAAACUCGGCUCAGGCCUGUUGUGUUGCAAUCACCAUGGCAGCCUGUGCCCCCCCCCCCCCAAAACCACCUGGCCCGGUGCCCCCAAACCCCACCCUGCCCGGCCAGGUCAUGUCUGGCACCCCUCCCGCUCGUUAAAUCCCAGCUGCUCGUUAAUGCCCCAGCCAGAGUUGUGUGUGUGUGGGGGGGGGGGCACAUUAGCCCCCCACCCCCUCAGCCUGGCUCCAUGCCCACCCCCAUCCCCAAAUUUGCUGGCGGGGUGCACUGCUGGCCACGGCAGGGGAAUCGCUCUUGGCCUGGCAGUGCGGGGUCUAUGACACCCACUCGUGGGCAGAUGGAAGGGGUGGGCACCCCCAGAGCUCGGGGACCACCCCCAUUGCAGGAGGGAGGGGCAGAGGUUUGGGGGGGGUCUCCAGCCAGCUCAGAAUCGGGCCCCGUCCAUGCCCCCCCCCCCCACCCGCCCCGACCGCCAGCAAAACUGUGACUUCAAGCAAAAGCAAUAGCCGGGGGGUCCGGGGGGGCCACGAUACCUCAGCCCAGCGCUGCCCCCCCAGCCCCCCCCACAUCUGUCCGUCCGUCUGUCGCCGGGCGGGAUCCCUGCGUCCCCGCUUGGCUGCCCCCCCACAAUAAAGCCCCGGUGUGACCUCCCA